GAAACAUAUUUUCAAGAGUUACAAAAAAAUUAGCUUAUUUAGUUAAAUAAAACAAUGAAUGUAUUUUACUAGGGUAUCCUCGUAGAUGGUCAGGAAAUAGCAGUGAAAAAACUUUCUAAAACUUCGAAUCAAGGGUUUGAGGAAUUCAAGACUGAGGUUAUGCUUACUGCAGAGCUCCAACAUGUAAAUCUUGUCAAAGUUUUGGGUUUUUGCAUUGAUAAAGAUGAACACAUAUUGAUCUAUGAGUACAUGCUGAACAAAAGCUUGGACUACCACCUUUUUGGUACAAUAGUUUCUGCACGAAUUCUUUUGGAUUGGACAAAACGUGUUCAAAUCAUAGAGGGGAUUAUCCAAGGACUUGUGUAUCUCCAAGAAUAUUCGAGAUUGACUAUUAUUCAUCGAGACCUGAAACUAAGUAAUGUAUUAUUGGAUGAAAAUAUGAAGCCUAAAAUAUUAGAUUUUGGUAUAGCCAAAAUUUUUGUGGAAAAUGAUCAUCAAACAGAACGAAUUGUUGGAACAUAUGGUUAUAUCCCUCCUGAAUAUGUUAAAAGAGGCAUAUAUUCAACUAAACUUGAUGUCUAUAGUUUUGGGGUUCUACUUCUACAAAUCAUAAGUGGAAAAAAGGUUUCAUCGUUAUAUGGCUCACAUGAAGACUUGAGCCUUCUAAAGCAUGCAUAUGAGUCAUGGAAAGAUGACAAAGGCAUGGAGUUUGUGGAUCCAUCAUUAGAUGAUACACAAUCCUCUUGUAAAUUAAUGAGAUGCUUGGAAAUAGCUCUACUAUGUGUCCAAGAAAACCAAAAUGAUAGGCUGUCCAUGUUAGAAAUUUCCUCGAUGCUCAAAACUGGAUCCACAAAUACAGUAAUCAGCCCUAAGAAGCCUGCUUUCUCAGAACAAAGUGAUGAAAAGAAAAUGACUAAAAGUUCAGAAUUAAUUUCGGUUGAUGAUGCAACAAUUUCUGAAGUGGUAGCAAGAUGACUCUAGGCUUUUGCAAGACCAAUAUUUGGUGGUCCUUGGAGAUCGGGUAGGAAGCUGCUUAAUUUGACCAUUAUAAUUUUCUGCAAUGUUAUUGAACCUAUUGCCAUUAAACAUGGAUGCCAACUAUGAAAGCGAUUAAUUGGUUGUAGUUUCAUCUUGUAUUAUAUGGAUAAUUCGAAGAAAAGGCCAAUACGAUGACAUUGACUU